AUGCCUCCUGCCACCGCCGAGAGCGCGUCGCCCAUUGGCAUCGCCAACCUGCCCAACCAGCGACACAAGAUCGUCGCCAAGAGAGGUGCUGCCUUCACCAUCAUGGUUGCUGGUGAAUCCGGCCUGGGAAAGACCACCUUCAUCAACACCCUUUUCUCCACCACCAUCAAGAACUACGCCGACCACAAGCGACGCCACCAGAAGCAAGUCGACAAGACCGUAGAGAUUGAGAUUACGAAGGCCGAACUGGAGGAGAAGUUCUUCAAGGUCCGCCUCACCGUCAUCGACACCCCCGGCUUUGGCGACUACGUGAACAACCGAGAUUCGUGGAUGCCCAUCAUUGAGUUUCUGGAUGACCAGCACGAGUCGUAUAUGCUCCAGGAGCAACAACCCCGCCGGCAAGACAAGAUUGAUCUCCGAGUCCAUGCCUGCCUAUACUUCAUCCGCCCCACCGGCCACACCCUGAAGCCCCUGGAUAUUGAGGUCAUGAAGAGACUGUGUUCCCGUGUCAACUUGAUACCGGUGAUUGCCAAGGCCGAUACCUUGAGCCCAGCAGACCUCGCCAAGUUCAAGGCCAAGAUCCGUGCCGUCGUUGAGGCUCAGAGCAUCAAGAUCUACCAGCCUCCCGUCGAGGAGGACGACGAGGCCGCCGCUCAACACGCGCGUAGCCUGAUGGCCGCCGUGCCUUUCGCCGUCAUUGGCUCUGAGAAGGAUGUCAAGACCGGCGAUGGCCGCAUUGUCAAGGGUCGUCAAUACUCCUGGGGUGUUGCCGAGGUUGAGAACGAGGACCACUGCGACUUCAAGAAGCUCCGCUCUAUCCUGAUUCGCACCCACAUGCUGGACCUGAUUCACACGACCGAGGAGCUCCACUACGAGGCCUACCGUGCUCAGCAGAUGGAGACCCGUAAAUUCGGGGAGGCCCGUCCCCGCAAGCUGGACAACCCCAAGUACAAGGAAGAGGAAGAGGCUCUGCGCAAGCGAUUCACUGAGCAGGUCAAGAUCGAGGAGCAACGUUUCAGACAGUGGGAGCAAAAACUCAUCGCCGAGCGGGACCGCCUCAACAAGGACCUCGAGCAGACUCAUGCUCAGAUCAAGCAGCUGGAGACGGAACUCGAGCAAAUGCAGGGCAGCGUCGCCCGCAGUGGUCGUCGUUAA